AUGUACCGAAACACCAUGCGAUCGGCCACGAGGCCUGUAAUUGCCAGCUUGCGAUCAAGCACCCUCCGCGCCGCUCCUCGUCGAUUCGCUUCCACAGCUCCCGCCGACAAGCCCCGAACACUUAAGGGAUCUUUGGCACGACUUGGUCUGGCCUUCGGUGCUGUUUACUACUAUAACACAAGCCCAAUCUUUGCUGAUGAGGCUCUCUCAAAAACGGUUCCCGCUCCGGCUGCUUUCUCCGAUGACGAUCUUCCUACUGUCGACUCAAUUGUAGAGGAGAAGCGCAAACAGAUCAAGGCUAAAAGUGAGAAGUCUGCCCAGACACCAGGGCCUCAACAAUCGAACAGCCAAGCUGCUGCCACCGAUGGAUCGCCUGCAGCUUUAGAAGAGGAGGCCGACCAACAGGGCGCUUUUAACCCCGAGACUGGCGAGAUUAACUGGGACUGCCCUUGCUUGGGUGGUAUGGCCCACGGCCCUUGCGGAGAGGAGUUCAAGACUGCUUUCAGCUGCUUCGUGUUCUCCGAGGAGGAGCCUAAGGGCAUGGAUUGCAUCGAGAAGUUCCAGGGAAUGCAAGAGUGCUUCAAGAAGUACCCCGAGAUCUACGGUGCCGAGCUCGCUGAUGACGAGGAGGGCGCCCCUACUCCCGACUUUGGCGACGAGCAGCCCUCCGGAGCCCCCACGACUGCCGAGUUCAAGUCUGAUGGUGCCCCCGCCCGUGAAUACGGCGAGAAGGCCGCUGGCGAUACCACAAAGGACUCCAAGAAGGCUCCCGAGCCCAAGACAACAUCCAAGAACACUUCCAGCUCCAGCAAGCCUACAAAGAAGUCCACCGGCGGUGCCCCUACAACUGCUGAAUUCAAGUCUGAUGGUGCUCCCGCUCGCGAAUUCGGCGAGAAGGCUGCUGCCGAUACCACCGGCGCCUCCCACUUCAAUAAGCUCUCCGAAGAUACUUCCGCCGCUUCCGAGCCCGACCAACAGGCCCCUCCCCGAUACACCUCUAGCGAAGCCGAGAGCCAAUCCAUCGCUUCCGGAUCCCGAAUGGUCCAGGAUGUCGCUACCCCGAUAGAAGAGCCUGUGAACCAGAAGUUUUGGCAGGAUAUGCACGAGACCAGGGUUCCCAAGAAGGAUGUUGCCGUUGAGCCCGUGCAGGCUCACGAUGCUACUGCUGCCAACGAGGAGAUUAAGGUUAUUGAGAAGCAGAAGAAGGCUGAGAAGAAGCAGUAA